AUGCCUUCCACUUCAUCUGGUCGAAUCACAAAGACCCGAAAGGGCAAAUACUCGACCCCUCAUCAAAAGAAUCACCGAUGGGAGUCCUUCGCGACCAAGGUCUCGAAACUACACUCUCUCGAUCCCCUACGGAAAGUUCGCCGACACGACCUCGAAGCCGAAGACCUCGAAGCCACCACAUCCUACUUCCGUAAUGGUUUGACGAGAUGGAGCGAGUUGAAUGUCUACAUAGGCUUCAGCCACUUCAAGAGGGAGGUCUUGCCGCUCUGCGAGAGUCUGCCCCAGAUUCUGCAUUUCGAGGCCAAGAUCUUUGAGUCGCUAGCAACAGCGAUUGCGAAACAAGAGAAGGAGGCUUUGGAGCCGCUUCUGGACCUCCUAACAGCGUUUGCGCAUGACAUCGGUGUCAGGUUCGAGAAGUACUACGCCAAAUCUCUCGAACUUAUUACUGCCAUCGCCGCAAAGCCCCAAGAUGUGGAAGUAAUCGAAUGGACUUUUGCGGCGCUCGCCUUUCUGUUCAAGUACCUUUCAAGACUUUUAGUACCGAAUCUGCGACCGACAUACGAUGUUAUGACACCGCUCUUGGGAAAGGCUCGGCAUCCUCCUCACAUUGCCCGUUUCGCUGCCGAGGCCUUGAGCUUUCUGAUCAAAAAGGCUGCAGCACCAGCGAACCGAGAGACGGCCCUCGUUGCCAUCGUUGAACACGCCAGGGACGACCUCCGAGACACUGUGGGAGAGAAGCAGUUUCAACUAUACCAAGAUGGUCUCAUGACCAUGUUCGCCGAGGCCAUUAAGGGCCCAGGCCAGACGAUUCACUCGACCGGACCAGCCAUCUUCACAGCGUUAGUGAAGGCUAUUCCCGAAAGCGAAGCAGACCUCACCCCGACAGCGAGUUGGACCGAUCUCGUUUGCGGUGUUCUUACCAGCAUCAUUCACCACUCCAACGAUAAGGACCUUGCGCCGGUCCUCGAAGCGAUCCAAGAACAUGUGCAGGCGGCCUUGGCGGAGCCCAAACCGACCAAGGCAUGGAAGUUUGUGCCGCUGAUUAGGGUCCUCGGUACAGCCGCGGGAGUCCGGCACGGGUCUCGCAUCAGCAACUGGCCUGUUCAUGUCGAGGGUAUGACGGCUAUGCUGGAUGCAAUGGCGCAAAAUUCUCCAGAGGUGACUGAGGACAAAAUUGGUCUCCUCUGGAAGAACGUGAUUGUCAAUGCUGCCAUCGUCUGGCACCAGGCUCCGAUUGAUGCUCUGAUCCCCUGCAUCAAGGACUUCAUGACUGCCCUCCAGAGGGAGAAACUCAUGAGAUGUUACAUUCCAUUCUGUGCCUACUUUUCGGAUCUCGAUGCCCAGCGUUUUCGCAGUCUUUUCCAAACAUAUUUCCAAAGAUUUAUUGUAAGCCAUUGGUCUGACGGACGAAACGAGGAUAUGCUGUGCGUGCUCCUCCCGCGUAUGGUCAAGAAUGGCAGUCUGCCGUCUCCAGGAGGCAAGGAAACCUGCAACCUUCCGCGUAGCUGGCAGGACCAGAUUGUGUCGAAGUUUGAGCGCCUCGAGGCAUCACCAUUCCCAGAACGCGGAGCCUACGACAAAGACCCCCAGACAUGGCGGGAUAAGUGCCUACCGAAAUACUCAGCCCUCUUAGACCUCCUUUACUCCACGACUGUUCACCCAUCAGCCAACGCCAAAAUCGCAGAGCUCUUGCUUAGGAAGCUCAGGCUUGCGCUCAAGCCGUCGUCGACGCUGGCAUCCGAUGAGGUUCAUUUCAGUGUUAGCCAAGGCUUCCAUGCCUACCUCCGUAUGAGCAAGGCCGCCGGCCCCGUGGACUCCGCCCUGAACCCUCUCCUCCGAGCGGCCUUGCCCCGCUUUAGCCGUUCUGUUGGCUUCCUUGAAGCUUACCUCGAGUACGCCGAAGCGACGAAGAGCCAGCCCCAGUCUGCCGAUCGCCAGAGCAGUGACAGUAGCGAGGGUACUGGAGAGGAAGACCCUGUCGUUCAGGCGCUGAUCGAGAACCUCUCAGCCCCUUCGCAUGAGCUUCGCCUCGCAUCUCUCAAGAUUCUACAGCAACUCGAGUCUACGCCCGAUGAGCAUUCCUGCCAUGUCCUCAUGCUGGACAUUGAGCAAACGCCAAUGGAGCUUUCAAGCUUGAGAAACGUUGCCAUGCAUCUUCGCAAGCUUGGCCAGACCUACUCCUCACUGAGCGAGAACUCUUGGCUCGCCAAGGCUAUUCCAUCUUUCAUGUUCGGCAUGUUGACAGUCAAGCUGUCGCCCCUGUGGGACGACACAAUCACCGCACUGAAGUUGGUUGGAGAAUCAAAACAUGGCGAGGAGGCUAUUUCCACUAUCGCUUUCAACUGGCUGGAAACCCCGUCCCCGAGAUGGUCUGGACCUAACAGUCAGCCGUCGCUUCAAGGCAGGGAAGCAAUCACCGACUUCGACUGUCUCCACAUCAAGAAGCUCUGGAAGAUCGCUGAUGAGGUAGAACAAGUGGUCAACAACGCCACAGACCUCAUGCUUGAAGCAUUCGACGAGCAGCAGCAGGCGGUCGAUCCUCACGGCGCCAACGCUCGCGCACAGGCGCUGAAGGUGUUCAACGGGAUGCCGAUCUUUGCCGAAAAGCGCUCGCGCAAGCUGGUGCCUUUCUUCUUGCCCUGGGCUGUCGACGAGGAUGAGGACGAGCAGUCUGACAGUGCGGAUGACGAAGAGGCCCAGUCCAAGGGAGAAGAUUGGUCGCUCCAGGACCGAAAGGCAAUGGUUGGCGUCUUUUCUCAGUUCGUCAAUCCGAAGGUCUUGUACCAGCACGAGAAGGUGUACCGCGCGCUUCUGCAUUUGUUAGAGAAUGGUGAUGGCGAGGUGCAGAAGCUAGCCUUGAAGGCCAUCCUCGCAUGGAAGCAGGAGGGAGUCCGACCUUACCAGGAAAACUUGGAGUACCUCCUCGACGAGGCCAGAUUCAAGAACGAAGUCACGGUCUUCCUUCAGAACGAUGAGGUCAUUCGGCCGGAGCACCGGGCAGAGCUGAUGCCUGUUCUGCUGAGACUCUUGUAUGGACGCACCAUCUCGAAGAAGGGUGUAGCCAGCGGCCGCCAUGGUCUGCAAGCUACUCGUUUGACAGUUCUAAGAAACUUGAGCGUCGAGGAUAUGGGAAGCUUCCUGGAUAUCGCGAUCGGCGGGCUCAAGGGUGCUCGUGUCAUUGAUGAAUCUGGCUUCCGUUCCAACUUGUUCGACCGAGAGAUUCUCCCUGCUCGCAAGCAAGUGGGUUUCAUGAACAUGAUGCUGCCUCUGAUCAACGAGCUGGGCGCUCACGUCGGUCCUUAUGUUGAGAAGCUUCUCCACCCAGUUCUGUAUUGCUUGAUCUUUGCUUGCAGGCGCCUGAAGGAGACUGAGAUCGAGUCAGACGAAGAGGCUGAAGAGACCAACGAGGCUUCCCAGGAGUCUCUUCUCAAGGCUAUUCGUACCACUGGCCUGAAGUGCAUCAUCACCUUGUUCCGCAACGCACAGGACUUCAACUGGUCGCCCUACUCAGAACCCAUCGUCAACGAGGUCGUCACCCCCAGAAUCGAGAAGCUGCCUAUCGAGACCGCUCAGUCAAUCUCUGGUAUCCUGCAACUUCUCUGGACCUGGUCUCAGCUCCCCAAGGCCGGAUUAUUCAUUUCCAUCAACGACCAGAUCCUGCCUAAGGUCAUUGAGUGCGUGGCUGUGCCGAAGGCGAAGGAAAAUGUUAAGGUCUUUGCCCUUAGCAUCGUCCGCAACCUCAUCAAGCUGGCCCAGGCACCUGCCGGGGAGUCCGAGUUCAACGAGCUUAUUCGGGCUGAGCUCCUUGACGCUAACAUGGAGAUGAUGUUGAAGACCAUCACCGAGACCUUGGAGAACCAGAGCAUGGGUAAUGAACUGCUCGAGGCUUCUAUCGAGGCCAUUGUCGAACUCUCCCCUCUGGUCGAAACUUCCGAGAACAUCCAGCAGACGCUCAGAAUCUCUACGUGGCUCCUCAACCAGCCCCCAAGGAGAGUCAACCCAAGAGCCAAGGGCAAGAUUCUGCUCAUUUUGGAGCGCUUCAUUACCAUUCUCGGAUCUACAGAGGCCGAGGAGACGACUGCCGAUAUCGCUAUCUACGAGACUCUGUCCUCACUCUUCAGCUAUUUCAAGGAUUCGGACAACAGACAGGCGCUGGCUCGCGUCCUCAUUGCGCUUGCCGCCAAGGACAAUACCCUUCAAGAGGUUUCCGAUAUCUGCAGCUCUCUCAACGCCUUCGCUUCCGAUCGCAUCGACGAGCCGGACUACGACCAGAGGCUCAAGGCUUUCAACCAGAUCACGAAGAGAGAGUCGCCAUUCACCGUUAGACAAUGGCUGGCUUUGCUGCAUAACCUGAUCUUCUUCAUUCGCUCCGACGAGGAGUACGGCAUUCUGGCCUCCAACUCCGCAGACGGCAUCCGCAAGUUCAUCUCCCAAGUCGCGUCUUGCAAAGAUGAAGCCUCCAAGGCCGGGUUCGACUCUCAGUUGAAGACCAUCUUGCUUCCAGCUAUCUACUCCGGUGCCCGUGAAGAGUCCGCGACCGUCAGGAGAGAGUAUCUCAGAGUCUUCGGCUACCUGCUGUCUCAGAUGCCAGCAUGGGAGCCGGUGGCAGAUAUGAAGGGCCUCCUUGAGGGCGAGCUUGAUGAGGAGACCACUGAGUUGCCUUUCUUCUUCAACAUUCUUAGUCCCGCCACCUCCCGACAAUUGGAGGCCAUCCGUUUCCUCGAGUCUGCCAACGAUGGUUCAGAGAUGAGCAGUCAGAACCUCAGCAUGUUCUUCAUUCCCCUCCUCGAAAACUUCAUUUUCAACCGCGCCGACGGAAGCGACGACCACGGCUUGGGCGCUCAGGCUACAACCACCAUUGGAAAAUUGGCACUCUCCCUCGACUGGAAGCACUACCGCGUGAUCCUGCAGAGGUACAUCAGCUACGUCGAAUCCAAGCCCGAUCUUCAGAAGCAAGUCAACCGACUGCUUGGCAAGUUCAGCGAUGCCCUCGUUGUCUCUGUGGAGUCGAAAUCCGCGGACCCAAUGCAGUUGGAUGAUGCUGAAGCUGCGCCAUCGGUCAAGAGGCUGGCUCUCACUGUCCCCGCCCAAGAGAAGCUCAGCACCGACAUCAGCAACCUCUUCCUUCCCACCCUGAUCAAGCAUCUUCACGAGAAGGACGAGUCGGAGGUCAGUCACCGUGUACCGGUUGGUGUCAUCGUCGUCAAGCUCCUCAAGAUCCUCCCGUCGGAAGAAAUGGGCCAGAAGCUGGCUGGUGUUCUGACCGACAUCUGCCACAUUCUACGCAGUAAGGACUUCACUGCGCGUGAGAUGGCCAGAGAUACUCUGGUGCAAAUCGCCUCAGUACUGGGACCGACCUACUUUGGCUUCAUCCUCAAGGAACUGCGUGGCGCUCUCAAGCGCGGCUACCAACUCCACGUUCUCUCGUACACUCUCCACUCCAUGCUCCUGAGGGUUAUUCCGGAAUUCCAGCAGGGUGAUCUCGACUACGCUCUCUGGUCCAUUGUUGCCGUCAUCGUCGACGACAUCUUCGGCGCCACCGGCCAAGAGAAGGAUGCCGAGGGCUACAUCAGCCAGAUGAAGGAAGUCAAGGCCGGCAAGUCUCAGGACUCGAUGGAGCUCAUUGCCAAGUCGGCUUCCAUCAAUAAGCUCGUCGCUCUUGUCCACCCUCUGCAAAACCUCCUCUUGCAAAAGGUCGACCUCAAGCUUGUCCGCAAGAUCGAGGCCUUGUUGGCAAGAAUCACGGCCGGUCUGCUGCAGAACCCUGCUGCAGAGAGCCGUGACACGCUGGUGUUCUGCUACGAGGUCAUUCAGGAAGUCUACAAGAGCCAACAGCCGGAGGCGGCUCCCAAGGUCGACUUCCGCACGAAGCGAUACCUCUACCAGAAGGGAGUGAAAAGGGAUAACCACGGCACCGCCGGCAAGUACACCUUCAAGCUGGUCAAGUUUGCCUUUGACAUCCUUCGGUCUGUCUGGAAGAAGCACGACAGCCUGCGUACCGCAGCCAACAUUACCGGCUUCGUCCCCAUCAUCGGAGAUGCUAUUGUUGGCGGCGAAGACGACGUCAAGGUUGCAGCAUUCAAAGUGCUCACCGUCCUGGUAAAGGUUCCGUUCAACAACAACGAGGACGUUGACCUGUUUAAGGUCGCUACCAAGGAGGCCACGAAGAGCAUUUCCAUGUCUACUUCCACCACGACCGACCUUUCACAGGCAGCUCUCAAAUGGCUCUCCGUCGUUCUCCGCGAGCGGAAGGACAUUCCUGUCAAGGAUGCCGCAAUCGACCUGCUCCUCGGCAAGCUCAAGGAGGACCUGACGGAGCCCCUCUACCGCCACGUCACCUUCAACUUCUUGCGCUCCGUUCUUGGGCGCCAGAUCGAGACCGCGGUCGUCUACGACACUAUGGACUACGUCGGUACCGUCAUGAUUACCAACGACGACCAGAACACGAGAGAUCUCGCAAGAGGAGCGUUCUUCCAGUUCCUCAAGGAUUACCCGCAGAGGAAGGCUCGCUGGGUCAAGCAGCUCAACUUUAUCGUCGCCAACCUCACAUACGAGCGCGAGGGAGGCCGCCUGUCUGUCAUGGAGGUUGUUCAUCUUCUGUUGAUGAAGUCCGCCGACGACUUUGUCCAGGAAGCCAUUUCCACCUGCUUCUUGCCCCUAGUCAUGGUCCUUGCCAACGACGACAGCGAGAAGUGCUGCCUCGCCGCUGGAGAGGUACUCAAGGAGAUGUUCCGCAAGGCCGACAAGGAGAGGAUGCAGAACUUCAUGACGCUGUUGCGAUCGUGGCUUGAGCAGGAGGACAACGCAGCCGUGACCAAGCUGGCUCUGCAGGCCUUCGGUUUCUUCUUUGAGGCCAAGGAGCCUUCCACCAAGCACAAGAAGGAGCUGGAGUUGGUGAUCAGCAAGAUCAGCGAGGUCGUGGGAACCGGCGACAUCCGCGUCGCAGACGAGGACCUCAUGAAGACUGUCCUCCACGACCUGCAGGUGCUCACGGAGAAGUACCCAGCUCGACUCCUUUCGUCAGAAUCUCGCGAGUUGUGGAGCGACGUCCGCACAUGUCUCACGCACCCCGAGAAUUCGGUCAAGCUGAGCACCACCAAGGUGCUUAGCGCCUUCCUGGCCGACUACGCCGGCAAGCCAGCCCAGGCCGGGGCGACACUCAAGGGAUCUCAUGGCCUCAAUCUUGAGUGCGAGGACAUCGAGGAGCUCGUCCGGCUGGCCAUGUACGCCCUGAGGACGCCCGAGAUCGACGACGCCCUCGCCGCGGAACUCACACAGAUCUUGAUCUUCCUGGGUCCCCGCCUGCCCGUCAAGGUACAGAACGUACCCGAGGCAGAGACGUUGGGAGACAGAGACGAGCAGGAGGCGGAGGAGGACAGAAUCGAGGAGAAGCGCAAGGACCUUCAAUACCUCUUCUGGAAGCUGUCCUCCCUGCUGCGUAAGGACGUGCGCCCCAAGUCGACCGCCAUCACCCCGAAGGUCGUCGCCAUGGAGGUGCUGGAGACCAUCUGCCGCCGCGUGCCGCAGGAGCACCUGGAGCCGUCGCUCAAGACGAUCCUCUACCCCCUGCAGAACUUGACGGACCCCAACAUCCCCGUGCCCUUCUCGAUGGACGACCAGUUCAAGACCAAGCUUGACGGUCUGAAGACGAGGGCGCAGAUCCUGAUGGACUCCCUGCAGAAGAAGUUCGGCACCGCCGAGUACACCAAGACGCUGCUCGAGAUCAGGGAGGAGGUGCGGACGAGGAGACAGCAGAGGUCGAGCAAGCGCAAGAUCGAGGCGCUCGCGCAGCCGGAGAAGUACGGCAGGGACAAGAGGAAGAAGACGGAGAAGAAGAAGGAAAAGAAGAAGGUCAGGAGCGCCGAGAACAAGGCGGCCAGACAGGCGUACAAGGGGUGGUAA